UUCUGAAAACUACUUCCUUGACUAUGUCAGUCAAUGUGUCACAGCAUUUUUAUGACAAGGUUCCUAGUAAAGUGAUAUCAUUUUGCAAACAAAGUGAGUAAUCCUGCCAUUUCUAGAUAGAAAGAUAAUUUCCUACAACAUGUAACAAAAUGUUUUUUAGACAAUCAGUUGCUGCUAGAGAUUCAGUGACGUAUACAUUUUUUUCACAUCAGUUCAGCCUAUUUGUAAAACAAAACAGUGAUCUAGUUUGUAUGAGCAGUUACCAUGGCUUCCCAUCCAAACUGCAUGUGGCUUGAAGGACAGCUGAACAAAGUUGAAAUCACCAUCGACAUGAGUUCCGGAUCUAGUGCACAAAGAAUUUUUUUAAAUAAUCAGGAUACAUAAAGAAAUCGAUUAUUCUUUCAAGAAUCAUCAUUGAUUUUAUUUACACUGGCAUUCGAAGAAUAGGCGGUGAUCAAGAACUACAAGCGGUCAGAAUAAUAUGCGAACAGAUCAUGAAGAACUUUGUGGCAGCAGUUAUGGAUCUUUUUGUCUGAAUGGUGGGAUUUGUUACACGAUACCUGCCAUUUCCAGUCCCUUUUGCAGGUGUGUUGAAAAUUAUACAGGAAAUCGUUGUGAGGAAAUUUUACUACCGAGCAUCAAGAGCCAUCCAAGAGGUGAACUGUUUGCAGCUGUUUUAGCUUCAGUGGUCGUCCUCAGUGUCCUGGUUGCUGGUGCAUUCUUCUUUCUUUGCAGGAAGGGCCAGAUUCCACGGACCAGUUCCAUAGAGCGUGGCAACAACCUGAUUGAAGGGAACAGCAGCGAUGGUUGCAACAAUAACUGAAUAACGGAAUCAAAACAAGAAAUUAUGGAACAGCAACAAGCGAAACAGCCAUAGAAAAGCAAAAACAAUGUUGGAGAAUAUGGAAUCCAUAGCACUGUUCCCAGAUACUGUGAAAGAAGAAGAUAUUGCUAAUAUUUUACAAGACCAAAUAUAUACGCAUAAAUGUGCAUUGCUUAUGUUCUUGCAGUUGUCAGACACAGAAUGUACAAGGUAUGUGAAGCUUAGCAGAGACAAGUUAGAACGACCUUUAUGCAUAGUAGUUAAAAAAGAUAAAAUACUGUUGAAACAUGACAGAAUACUGUUAGAUAAUAUUGAGAAGCUAUGUUUCAUUCAUCUGUAUUUAUCAAAAGCAAAAAUAGCUAUAUGCUUUUUCCUAGACAUGGAAAAUAGUAAGGCCUUUGAUUGUGUUGAACAGAACUUUAAAUGGGAGGGCAGGGCUAGUA